AUGGCUAGUAAGCGAACUUGGAGUACUUUAGCGUUUCAGGAAACUGACAGACAAUCUCCUGAUAUAUUUGAUGUUCCUCACUAUAAAAUGCUAGAAAAAUAUUUGCAACUUUUGGGGCAAGAUCCACGUCAAAAAAAUGGAUUUAGGAAUUUUAUAGUAACUGCUGUAGUGAUCAGUAUUAUAGGCAACAUUAUAUCAACGUCACUAGAAUUGUAUACCUCGUUAUGUGACAAGGAUAUGGACGCAGUAAUCGACGUUUUCCCACAUUUUAUGGCAGCUACGAUCAGUGCUAUUAAAAUAUUAAAUAUCCAGAUCAACAGACAAAAUUUUAACAAAUUGCUUCAAUUUGUGGCAAAGCAAUGGGAACAGCUGAAAUUAAACAAUGAAUUGUACGUUUUGAAUCAAACCGUUAUGCAAGGCAACAAGAUGGCUCAAUUGUAUCGAAGAUCUUUAUUGACCGCUUUGAUAUUAUUUCUACUGGUCCCACUAGUUUCUCCCAUUCUCGAUGUCGUUCUCCCAUUAAAUGAAACUCGACCACGUCAGCAACUGCUUAAAAUUAAUUACAUCAUCUUUGACGACGCCGACUAUUUUUUCUACGUAUAUAUGCAGUUAGCUUGGGGCUCAAUUAUGGUUGUGGUAACCAUAAUUUCCGUAGAUUCACUGUACAUCCUUAUAAUUCAUCAUAAUAGCGGAUUGUUUGCCGUGUGUGGGAACCAAGUGCAAAGAGCAACAACAAAUUUAGACACCAAUCAAAUUAUUUCGGAAAGUUACAUGUACAAACAGAUUAGGGAUUGCGUGAUCACGCACAACGAAGCCAUCCAGUUCUACAAUAUUCUAAACGAAAGCAGUCGAACUAGUUAUUUGAUCCAAGUUGGAUUAAAUAUGUUGAUAAUCAGCGCAACAGCCUUGCAAGCAGUUAUAAAUUUAGAUAAGCCGGAAGAAGCAAUUAGAAGCGUGGUAUUUUGUGGAGCCAACCAAUUUCAUUUAUUUGUGCUUAGUCUACCCGGACAGGUGCUUCUGGAUCAUUGUGCUGAGCUAGGAAAUAAUAUAUAUGGUGCCAUGUGGUAUAAAACACCCGUGCAAAUUCAAAAAAUACUUUACAUGAUGCAGAUAAGAAGUGGGAAACUAUGCAGCUUAACGGCAGGCGGACUGUACGAAAUGAAUAUUGAAAAUUUCGGAGUGACCUUCAAAACGUGCAUGUCCUACUUCACGAUGUUAUUGUCGCUAAAAUAAUGGUUAUACCUUAUCUGUUGAAAUUAUUUAGUCAAACUGUGCUGUGAUACAAGAUUAACCAGGAAUGCAAAUAUUAAGAUCAUAUAGCCAAGAUAUGUACAGUUAAUAUUAAAUCGUUUAGAUUACUAUAUUAAAAACGUAAAUAGAAUUAUUGAACCAUCUUUCAAUAUUAUUUGAUAUUUCAGGGUGUAAAACAUGUUAUAUACCUUAUCGAAAUAAUGAAUUGACCACUAUUUCACAGAUUUCUUUCAGUUAGUUCCAUCGAGCCACAGAGAAAAUUUACAUUUAUGUACUAAUUUUAGCAAGAUACAUAUAAUGAAACUCCAACAG